UUUAGGUGCUACACAUCCUCAGCAAAGGUGGGUUCAAAAUAGCUACGUUUUUCGGUGCAUGAGGCAAGGGACAUAUUCUGUUUAUCCGCUCAAAUAAUCACUCGGAAACCACAAAUACUUUGAAAAUACCGCGAGUUUAAGCUCGUUGGAAGCACCACUUGAAGGCUACUUUUUGUCAAUGAACUUUUCUCAAUGCAGUCAUGGAAAUGUCCAAACUGGAUUCUGCAACAUCCAGCGUAUCUGAAGAUGAAAAACCUGGAGGUCGAAGAUGCUGAACAAAUCCACGCUGCUUUCCUUGUUUACAUGAAUCUCACCGAGGUCCGUCACUGGAAGGAGGUAUCGUGUCUUAAAAGUGAGCCACUCAAGCUCGUAUUGUUGGAGGGGAAGGAAAAAGAAGGAUCUGCCACAUACUCUGUUCUUCCACUACCUGCGCAUCGAUCUCUGAGCCACAAAAACAUACGAGACGUUCUGGAGCGAGGCUUUCCCAUGCUGCUGUGCGCCGUGGCCGCCGACUCCACGCUGGUCUACCAGAGGUUGAGCGACGGCUUGGUGACCCCUGAUCCGCCGGCGGGCCCCUUCCUGGACGUGGACCGCCGGCAGCGUAGGAAGAGACGGCAGCGACGCCAAGCCGCGCUAAACAGUGACUGACAGUCUCUUCGCACUUCUUGGAGAAAAACCAGACCAACAUUGACUUGCACAGUGACACUGGUGCGACAAACUGACCCGUGCAGGGUUCCUCCGGAUGCAGUGGUGAUGGGGGUCAGUACGUGUGAGCGUUUUAACUCAUUGUAUGCCAUUGGCGUCCAAUCCGUUUGAAGUGGGAGGGAUGGUGGCAGCGAAUGAAUGUAGUGGUAAACUAAUGGGUAGGAGGGGGUGUCUUGGCCUGAGAAGGAACAAAUAAUAUAUUUUACCUCUUGUCUGCCAACGACGCAGUAGGGCCGAGAAAACAAAAGUGGUAUUUGCCAUGUGGCGUUUUUUUUGCCAUGUGACAUUUUUUUAAAUGUGGCAAUAUUGGUUUUGACAUGUGGCUUUUUAUUUUUUGGUAGGUGGCAAAAUGGAUUUUGGUUAGUGGCAUUUUUGUGGUAGAAAAUCACAGCCACAUGUUUUUCUGCCAUUUAAUAUGAAUGGAAAAUUUGGACGGGCAUAGAUGUCAAGGGCAUAGCCUGACUUGGUUGCCAGUUGAAUGUCAAUGCGCUGUAAAGCUAAGUGUAUGGUCAAAAAUCAGUUACACGUGUUUUUCUGCUAUGUAAUAUGAAUGGAAAAUUUGGACGUGUAUGGCCUGCAAAACUGCCAUACAUCCAACCAAAAUCCAUUUGAGCACAUGGCAAAAAAAUGCCUCAUGUCGAAAUCCAUUUUGCCACAUGGCAAAUACCAAUUUUUUUGUUCUCGCGGUCUCUCCCACGAUGGCUCUAGACGUCCAAUCUGUUCGAAAUUAGAGGGUUGGCAGUCGGACCGUUGUCCCUUUUUGAACAAAAGAAAAUACCUUUGCUUGGGCAUGUUGUCUUCCGGGCUGAGGAGGUCAAAGUGCAUCAUUCGCUGUCGCCUUGUAAAUCUGCACUGCCCCCUAGGGCCUGGCAUGAAUACUGCAUCGUUUUCAUGCGGAAUUGCGACAUUGUUCGAUUGGAGACGGAACCAUAUAACUGCAAAUUUGAAAAUUUGAAGAGGAACAGUCUUCUCGGAGAGUCAACAUGUAAACUGCCCCCAAGUCAUAACUACGGUAGUUUAUUUUUGAACUGAAGAUUAUUUUAUCAAUGUCAAAGCAUCUGUUAUUUACUAAGUGGCUGUCAUGGGCGGCGAUAGACGUCCAAUCCGUUCGAAGUGGCAAGGAUGGUGCCAAAUGAACGACCCGUCUCACUUCAAAUGGAACGGACGCCGAUUAACGAGCCGCGCGAUUGGACGUCUGUUGCUGUCAUUGGUACUAAAUGAGUUUUUACUGUGUGGUGCUGAUGAGAAGCAACCCUGAGCCUUGUUUCACAUAAAUAUGUUGGGGGGUGGGGGACAAACAUUUAGUGUGGGCCCAUAAAAGAGACCAAAGCAGUGGUGUGCGCUGAUAUCAAAACAAUCAUUUGGAUUGAAAAGGACUCAAGGCAAAGGAAUUCCAAUUGCUGAGUAGAGUUUUGCACUUUUUAACCUUCAUUUUAUCAAUCCAUUGAGAGACUGACACCAAUUGCUACAAAAAUCAUUGUAACAUCGUUGAUAGACCUCUAAUCAUGUGGUGUCCAAUCCUAGUGUUCAUGGACAACUGCGAAAAGCACAUAGAGGGGGGAAAAUUGCAAAUUAAGGUGAAAAACGUGGAUACCACUUUCCCACUUCGAACGGGUCUAAUCGUGAUAAACUCAUUUGAAAGUGUUUUAAUUGAGCUCUUAAGAGCCAUGCGGUUGGACGUCUUCAUCGCCAAUGGCGCCCAAAGAAGGUGACGCUGUCGAUUUUUUUUUUUUUCCUUUCUGUGUGGCAGCAAUGCACUCCUUUGUUCUUUUUUUUUUUU